UUAUCUCAUCCAAAACUCAAAACACACCAAAACAAACCAAUUAACACAAUGCCAAAUAAGUUUUUUCUUCUUUUGAUAUUACUAUCUCAUGUAGCAUCUUCCCUCUCAAAAGGAUGCCACCCACAAGACAAAAAAGCCCUUCUACAAAUCAAGCAAGAACUCAACAACCCAACUCUUCUUUCUUCAUGGCAACCACACACCGAUUGUUGCCACUCAAAUUGGUACGGCGUUAAUUGCAUACCCUCUAACCGUGUUUACUUUCUAAUCAUCGAAAACGACAAUGACCUUAGUUCUUCAUUUCCACCUUCCAUUGGUAACCUACCUUACUUAGACAGCCUACUUAUAUACCAAUUACCAAACCUUACCGGCUCAAUCCCCGAAUCCAUAACCAAACUCACCAAUCUCAGAUCCCUCACAAUCAGUGCAACCGGCAUAUCAGGUCCGGUACCAAACUUCAUUGCCAAAUUGAAAAGCCUCACUUACUUGGAUCUCUCAGAAAACCGCCUCUCCGGAACACUCCCUCAUAACCUCUACCAGUUGCCUAAUCUUGAAGCAAUCAUCCUUCAAAACAAUAGAUUAACAGGUUCAAUCCCUUCAUCAUACGGUUACAUCAAAAACAUAUCAAGUUUAAUUCUAUCUCAUAACCGGCUUUCUGGAAAACUCCCAAUGUCAUUGGCAAGGUUGAACUCAUUGGUUGUCAACUUAUCUCAUAACAAGUUUGAAGGAGACACGUCAAUGUUUUUUGGUUUAGCCAAACAGACAGAAACAAUAGACCUUUCAUGGAACAUGUUGUCAUUUGAAAUGGAAAACGUCGAGUUGCCUAACACAUUAAAACUUUUAGAUGUGAGUCAUAAUCGCGUUUAUGGGAAACUCCCGGAAAGUGUGAAGAAUUUGCAAUGGUUGAAUGUGAGUUACAAUAGAUUAUGUGGUGAGAUUCCAAAGGGGGGUAAUAUGCAGAACUUGGGUUCGAAUUCGUUCUCUCAUAACAAGUGCUUGUGUGGUACUCCUCUUCCGAGUUGCAAGAGAAUAUAGUUUCAUGUAAAAUGUACUAAUUUGUUUAAGUUUAUUUAGAGAAAUAAAGUCACCCACCAUUGCAUUAAUAAUCAAUAGAACAAGGAUAUGGAUGUAUUAGCUAAGUUGUGAACAACCAAAAUAACGUGC